UGGUGUUAUUUGACGGUUGCGUUGCUUUCGUCGGAUUUAGUGGAUGUUGGAGUAGUACUUUUAGUCAGAAGUACUAAAACAUGGAUAAUCAAGUAUUUGAAUCGACGGCGGAGCGAACGUUCCAGUAUCAGGCGUCCCUGCCUUCUCUACCAGUCCCGUCAUUGGAAGGAACUUUGAGUAAAUACCUGGAAGCAGUGAAGCCAUUUGCAACAGAAGAGGAGUUUCAAGCAACAACUGAGAUUGUAAAACGAUUUGGGGAAGGCCUUGGCAAAGACUUGCACCAGAAAUUAUUGCAGAGAGCCAGGACCAAAAGGAACUGGCUGGAGGAAUGGUGGCUGGACACUGCCUACCUGGAGGUCCGCAUGCCAUCUCAACUGAAUGUGAAUUUUGGCGGCCCUGCCCCCUACCUAGAGCACUCCUGGCCCCCCCAGGAAGGCACCCAGCUGGAGAGGACCAGCAUCAGCACGUGGCACAGCCUGCAGUACUGGGACCUCAUCCGCACGGAACGGCUAGCCAUUCACAAGGCCGGCAACAUACCGCUCGACAUGGACCAGUUCCGCAUGCUCUUCUGUACUUGCAAAGUGCCUGGCAUCACCAAGGAUACCAUUCUCAAUUACUUUAAGACUGAGAGCGAAGGCCCCUGCCCCUCCCACGUGGUGGUCAUGUGCCGCGGGAGGAUGUUCAGUUUCGACGCCCUCUGCGACGGCCGCAUCCUCACGCCGCCUGAGAUCCUGAGGCACCUUAUCUACAUCAAACAGUGCUGUGAAGGGGAGCCGGAGGGAGAGGGGAUCGCAGCCCUGACCAGUGAGGAGAGGACCCGCUGGGCGAAGGCUCGGGAAUAUCUCAUCGGCCUUGACCCCAUGAACAAGACCAUACUGGAGACCAUUCAGAGCAGUUUGUUUGUAGUGUCCCUGGAUGACUCCAAGCCUUACUCGACGCCUGAGGACUAUUCAGCUAUGGCAUUACAAUCACUGACUGGGGACCCAACUGUACGCUGGGGAGACAAAUCUUACAACUCCAUCUCUUUCUCAGAUGGAACUUUGGCUUCAAAUUGUGAUCAUGCGCCAUACGAUGCCAUGGUGUUGGUGUCGUACUGCUACUACGUGGAUCAGAAGCUGAAGGCCAGCGAGGGCAGGUGGAAAGGCCCAGAGACGGUCCGGGACAUGCCACUGCCCGAGGAGCUGGUGUUCACUGUGGACGACAAAGUCAGGAGUGACAUCGCACAGGCCAAGCGGCAGUACCAGGAAACUACUCAGAACUUGCAGAUUGUGUGCUAUGCAUUCACUGACUUUGGAAAAGCUGCGAUCAAGAAAAGGAAGCUUCACCCAGAUACAUUUGUCCAGCUGGCACUUCAGCUGGCCUAUUACCGGCUUUAUGGAAAGCCCGGGAGCUGUUACGAGACAGCCACCACCCGGCGCUUCUACCACGGGCGCACGGAGACCAUGAGGCCCUGCACUCUGGAGGCCCAGCAGUGGUGCCGGGCCAUGCUGGACCCCACCGUCAGCGCGGACAACAAGCGCAAGAAAUUGUUGGCGGCCUUCGCUAAGCACAACAAGCUAAUGGGAGAGGCUCAGAACGGCAAAGGUUUUGACCGCCAUCUCCUGGGCUUGUACCUGAUCGCCAAGGAAGAAGGCCUUCCUGUGCCUGACCUUUACACAGACCCGCUAUAUGCCAAAAGUGGAGGAGGAGGAAAUUUCGUUCUGUCGACCAGCUUGGUGGGCUACACCACAGUGCUGGGUGCUGUCGCUCCCAUGGUUCCUCACGGAUACGGAUUCUUCUAUCGCAUCCGAGACGACAGGAUUGUGGCUUCCUGCUCCGCUUGGAAGUCCUGCCCAGAGACGGAUGCAGAGAAGUUCUACCAGAACCUCUGCACCUCCUUCCGGGACAUGCUGCAGCUCAUGACCCUGUCCCAGCUGUAGAGCAAAGCAUGAUGGGACAGCUAUGAGCAGAGCAAACCA